AUGAACCCUUUUGAGAUCGUUUUAGGCAGACAGCCUAUGACACCACUAGAUGUUGCCAAAUCUAAAAAUCAGGGAAAGUGUCCAGCAACAUAUAGGGUUGCAAGGGACAGACUUGAAAUAUUAUCCGAGGCACAUGAUAUCUUGCACAAGGCUCAGCGGCGCAUGAAGAAGUAUGUUGAUCAACAUCGUCGCUCUAUUGAGUUCAAUGUGGGUGACAAGGUGUUACUGAAACUUACCCCACAAAUCUGGAAACAGAUUGUAAGUAAGACAAGACAUUGGGGUUUGAUUCCUAAGUAUGAUGAUCCAUUCGAAGUGGUUAAACGAGUGGGCGAAGUUGCUUAUAGGUUAAAUUUCCAGAAAGAUGCAGAUGAUCCGGAUAGGAACAUGUCAAAGAGGGCUCUUCCAUCAGAACCUACACAGUAUGAUGCUAAAAUUGAGAAGAUCCUUUAUCACCGGGUUUUGGGCACAAGUAAGAAGAAUACUAAGAUAGAAUUCUUGGUUCAUUGGAAAGGCAAGAGUGCAACUGAUGCAUUUUGGGAGAAGGGAAAAGACUUAUGGCAGUUUGAUGCUCAAAUCGAGGACUAUCUUCAAAUAGUCUUGAUGACGACAUCGAGUUCAAGUGGUGCGAGUGGUCUUUUAGACCCGCAAACUACUUGA